UAAAUAGUUGAGCCCGGUUUGGUCCGGUAAUAUUUUGGGCCUAUAAUUCAAAAGCCUGGUCCGGUCCUUAUAUGGCUAUAGAGUUUUUCGGGCUUUUCGAAAAAUAAUUUGUCAUUGUCACUUUCAUCGUUGUAAUACAUGUGAAUUUCAUUAAAAAAAAUAGUUUCAUUUUUUGUUUUAAAAUAUAAAAUGAAUUUAAACCCUUUUUUUAUCAAAAAUAUUCGUAUGCUUUAAAAACAUAUUAUAAACAAAUAAAAAUUAAUUUGAUUUAAAUAAUCAAAUAUAAAUUAAAACUAAACAUAUAAGAAAACAAAAUUUAUGAUGAACAUAGUCAAAUGUUUCAUAUUUUGUAUAUUAAAAAAAAAAUAUUGUACAUGAAAGAAAUUGUACAUGUACAAAAUUUAAAAUGUGAUACUUAUAAUGAUCAAACAAUAAAAUCAUUAACAACUUUUAUAUUUGUUUUAUUAGAGUUUGGAUAAAAAUAUCAAAAUAAUAUGGCAAUACUAAUAAUCGUUUGGAUUGCAAUAACGAUAAUAUUUAGCUAAAGUAUAAAAUUUUGGGUUUUCGGACUAGUUUUAACCCAAACUAGCUUAGGCCCAAAAUAUCCAAAAUCCAAAUGGGCUUAGUCCGAAAGACCUAAUUUUUGGAAUUUAUAAAACUAAGUCCAAACCAGAUAAUUUUAGGAGUGAGGCUGCGGGUAUCGGUCUAAUUGACAUGUAUAACUAUAUAUAAGACAUGUUAAGUUACUAUGGAUUGGUCUAAUCAAAAUAGAAUAGAUUAGAAAUAAUCAAAUAAAAAAUAUUAAUAUUUUGAUAUUCUUGAGUAUAUUCCUACUAGUAAGGAUGUUCUCAUACUCUUCAAAUCAUCAUAAAUGAUGGCCGAUCAUAGACAACUCAACAUUUUGUGUUCUAAAGAGCGAAUACAUCAAUAAAUAAAUAAAUAAACUAAACUCAACCAAAAAAAAACAAAACUAACAUAAAUACAAAUUAGAUUGAUUCCAUCAUUCAAAACAUUUGAUUCGAUCAUUCGAAACAUCCAAAUAGUCGUCAGCUAACGCAAAUAAACCAAACCAAGUACUGUAAUAUAUAUAUUUAUAACAUUUAAAAUUAAACCAAACCAAGUACUGUAAUAUAUUUAUGAAAGAGACAAUUAAAAGUGAUUGAAGAAAUGUUUUAAGUGGCAGCUUAUGUAGCGCCUAGAAGUACACAUUUAAAAUUAUGGUAAUUAUUUUUGAAUCGCUUAAAAGUUAUAAUAUAAUAGUAAUAAGAUAAUAUAAAUACUAGGAAUUAUAAUAAUUAAUAAAUUAUAUAUAAAUAUUAGAUACAAUAAUUUAUAUUUAGUUUAAUUCAUAAUUUUGUAUAUACCAAAUUAUAUACUUAGUAAAAUUAUUUAGAAUUCAAUGAUAUACAUUUAGUUUAAUUCAUAAUAUUGUAUAUACCAAAUUAUAUACUUAGUAUAAUGUUUUAUUUUAUAAAACACUUAAAUCACUUGAAUAAUAAUUUGGAUUUUGAUCAAAUAUUUUAAGUAUUAGACAUUGAGUCACACCAUCUAGUAAGCAUCUAACUAUUUUUUUACACUACCAAAAGUUAAAAAUACUUACAAAUUAACACUCCAAAUUAUAAAAUUUCAUGUUGGGUCGGUUCAAAUUAACUAUCAAGGACAUAUACAUAUUAGAUCUUUAGUUUUCUAUAAAUUAAUAUUCAAUAAAUUAAUAAAUACGAUAAAUUAAUAAAAAAAUUGGUCUUAAGUUGUGUCAAUUCAAAAUAUAACAGAAAUCAAUAAUAUAAUAGGAUAAUAAUAAUUUAGAAAAUAUCAUAUAAAUAUAAUAAAUAAUGAAAAAAUUGGAUAAAUACCUUAACUUAUAUUGUUUAUUAUCCUAGUUAUUACCUUAGACAUUGAGUCAUACCAUCUAGUAAGUAUCUAACUAUUUUUUGCAAAAGAAACCGCUAGGCGCUAAGCGGGUGAUGACCCAACACCCGGUGAUUAAAACGAUUAAGAGAAUGUCUAAAUUAUUAAUUAGUUGGUUUAGGCGUUUAUAUAUACAAUAAUAAUAUGUUAAAUUUACCUAAUAUUUUUUAUUAAAUAUUAAUAUUUAUUAAUGAUAAAAUUCAGAUUAUUUUUUUCAUAAGAAUCUUUCUUAAUUAUUAUAAUUAUGAAUAAUAAAUUAUAUAUUAUUUAUAUUGUAAUUGUCUAGGCGGUUUAUAAGGUAAUUGUCACAGCCUUAUAAGCUUAAUCCCUAAGAGCCGCAUAGACCACUUUUUAGAACACUGAUUUUUUCCACUGUCCAAAAAAAAAUAUUUACAAAUUAAUACUCCGAAUUAUAAGAAACUAAAGCUGUAAAAGAAUGAAAAAAAAGGGGAUAGUUUUGCCUUCAACACCUCUUGGGUGACGUGAUGGAUUACACCAACUUUUAGCGUAAGAAACCGACUUGAGUGUAUUCAUCCAAAACUAUAUUUUUUUAAUGAUCACAUUGUUGUUGAUUAAGUUUAAUAUUGUGACAUUGAGCUGGUAGCUCAAAUCUUGUGCUGGCCCAUUGACUUUCUCUAAGUCCUCCAGUUCAUACUUUUUCUUCAGCCCUUCUGUUGAUUAAUGCUUGUUUUGAAAGUACACCCUCUGCAGCUUAUUAGAAUGGUCCAUGGAGUAACGUCACAUGUGAUUAAAUCUUAACUGCGGCCAUAAUUCCCGUCAUAAUCACGAUAGUAGAGCUGUCACGUUCACCUUGUUGUGAUUAUUUAUAUGGUCGAUCGUACAAAGUAAUCCCUUUCAAGUAACCCAUCGAAACGUUUCUCUUCCCAAAGCCAAACUCCAGAUUUUCCGGUCACAAGGAAGAUGUCAGGAUCAAGUGAUGUUUCUCGGAGCUUGUGGCUGGCACAAAAUCCGAGCAAGAGAUGGGGAGAGCUCUUCUUCCUGUUCUACACUCCUUUCUGGCUCACUCUCUCCUUGGGAAUCAUUGUUCCUUACAAGCUUUACGAGACAUUCACGGAGUUGGAGUAUCUGCUUGCGGCCUUGGUUUCAGCUGUUCCUGCUUUCUUGAUACCAAUGUUAGUUAUUGGAAAGGCCGACAGAGACUUAUGCUGGAAGGACCGUUAUUGGGUUAAGGCAAAUCUCUGGAUAAUUAUUUUCAGCUAUGUGGGAAACUACUUUUUGACUCACUAUUUCUUCCAAGUUCUUGGAGCGUCAUAUACUUUUCCGGCGUGGAAAAUGAAUAAUGUGCCUCACAGCACAUUCUUCAUGGCACAUGUUUGUUUCCUCUUUUACCACGUUGCAUCCAACAUUACUCUUCGAAGGCUACGACAUUCCAUAUCUGAUUUACCAGAUUCUCUGAGAUGGUGUUUUGAGGCUGCAUGGAUACUGGCCUUUUCUUAUUUCAUUGCAUACCUGGAGACUGUUUCUAUUGUAAAUUUUCCUUACUACGAGUUUGUGGACCGAAAUGCCAUGUACAGAGUUGGAUGUUUGUUCUAUGCCUUAUACUUCAUUGUGAGCUUUCCAAUGUUCUUCAGGAUGGAUGAGAAAUCAAGUGAUAAAUGGGAUUUGUCACGUGUGGCUGUUGAUGCUUUAGGUGCUUCUAUGUUGGUAACGAUCAUUCUUGAUCUAUGGCGUCUAUUCUUGGGACCUAUAGUUCCCCUACCGGAGGGAAAAAGUUGCCUUCAGUCUGGAUUAGUAUGGUUUUCCCAUUGAAGGUUGAAAGAUGGCUGUUUCGACCAAUUUGGGGAGUGAAAGAUAAGCCUGCACGAGAGAUUCCAUUUGCACUUUACGGAAUUGGGAAGUAGAUGAUAAUAUUAUGGGCAUGUUUAUAAUGUUUUUCUUCUUCCAGAUGACGCCUGCUUUGAUACAUUUCUUCUGUUUCUCUCAUAUGGUUUACUUUGUAAGAAUAUUUUUAUGAACCCUAAGAUCUCUAAACAUCUAGAUUAAUUACAUAAUGGAAUUAUAUGAAACUUCAUAAA